AUGUAUAAAGAUAGGCACGAAAGACAAUUACAAUUUCUAUGUUGGAUUCUUGUUGCGAUACCAGUGGUGUCAGCCGGCAUCGCUUGCCUUGCCAAUCCUUGCCUGCACGGCAUUUGCAUUGAUGACAUAAACAGCACGUUUGCCUGUUAUUGCAUCGAUGGAUACACCGGGGUGCAAUGUCAAACGAACUGGGACGAGUGUUGGUCGAACCCAUGCCAGAACGGUGGCGUGUGCAUUGACGGUGUCGCUACUUACAAUUGUUCUUGUCCAGACGGAUUUAUAGGAGAUAAUUGUGAAACCAACUUCAACGAGUGCGAAUCCAACCCUUGCCGAAACAACGGCACAUGUAUCGACAUGACAAACGAAUAUAUCUGUCAUUGUAUACCCGGCUUCUCUGGAGAGCAUUGUGAGUUGGACGUUGCCGUUUGUAACUCCACUGAAGAGGAGAGGUGUUAUAAUGGCGGAGAAUGUAUAGAAGGACUUGGCUUUAAAUUUUAUUGCAAAUGUUCAGCAGGUUGGGCAGGUACAAAAUGUGAGGAGCAAAUUGACGAAUGCCAAUCUGAUCCGUGUAAAAAUGGUGGGAUUUGUAUUGACGUGCACGCUGAUUAUAUGUGUGCAUGUGCUUACGGUUUUACAGGCAAAGAUUGUGAAGUUCAAAUUGAGUUUUGCGACGAAGACUCUUGCAGUAAUAAUGCUUUAUGCGUGGUGGAAGAUGGCGUCCGAAUUUGUUAUUGCGUUCCUGACUAUCACGGCGAAAGAUGCGAACUGCAAUAUGACGAGUGUCUCCUAGGGCCGAGGUGCAUGAAUGGAGGCACAUGUAUCGACGGUGUUGAUAACUUUACAUGCUCAUGUCCACCGAGGCUCACUGGAGCUUUAUGCGAAUGUUUUAUACUUGAUGAUGAGAGUUACGAUUGUGAGUACGUGAGCCCAACUUUAUAUCCGGUUUAUAAUGGAACUAUUGUUUUUUCAACAACAUAUUCAGAGUCCACAACUACAGGUAGUAUAACGACAAUUGAUUUUACUAAAUACAACAUGAGUACAGACACUGGUACUUCUGAAGUUAUCCCGGAAACUUCUACCUUCAAGACUUCCAGUGAUCCACUAACUGUUAUUACUUCUGUUGCUAUAACCACCGAAAAGUCAUCGACAAAUACAGAAAUAAGCACUACAACAAAUAUAUCUAAAAUCGAUGAACCAAAUAUAACUACGAUGUGUCACUGUCUUUUUAAUUAUGGCGGGAGAUUUUGCGAAGAAGAAAUUAUCAUAAAAUCAGCUGCAUUCGAUGGAAAUUCAUUUAUAUCUCAUCAAGUCAGAAACUCUACUUCAAUAGCAAUACAAUUUAAUGCAAAAACUCUAAUAACCGAUGGACAAAUAAUGCACGUGGAUAUAGUCAAAGGGUCAUAUAUGAAACUUUUUAUGAACUUUGGUUUAUUAAAGUUUGAGUUUUCUUGUGGUUACCAGACAAUGCUUUUAAGUGAACUAAAAACUUACGUCAAUAAAGGAUAUCUUAUGAAAAUUGAAACGAGCUACAAUAUAGUAAAUGGUGAAAAACGUGAUAUAUUUAGAGACGCUUUCGACGCGGCUGCAGUUACAGAGUGUUCAUCUUUAUCCUGUUUAUCUUCACCGUGUCUGAACGGAGGCACGUGUAGUGAUCGAGGUGAUAGCUAUGCUUGUUCCUGCGCUAAUGGGUGGAUAGGAAACCAUUGCAACCAAUCUGUAUGCGACCACAAUCCCUGUCAGUCUGGAGGCAGCUGCAUUCCUCAUCCAGGAAGCGGAUUCUUGUGUCUAUGUCCUUACGGCAAACAUGGCAUAUUUUGCGAGUAUAAUGUUGAAAUAACUCGUCCGUCAUUAUCACCUAUAUCAACUGGACUUUCUACGUACGUGAUGUACCCUCUGUCUUCUGCUGCUAUAAAUUCAGAUCGCUUCGAUUUGCGCCUGCGCUUUCAAACAGCGGAUAUGGAUCAGAUCGCUCUAUUGGCGUAUGUUGGACAGAGUGGACGACAUGAUUCCAAAAGUCAACAUAUAGCUUUGACAUUCGUGAAGGGCUAUAUUAUGUUAACUUGGAAUAUGGGAAGUGGUCCGCGGCGCCUGUUCACGUCGCGCGCGCUAGGGGCGCGGCGCGGCGGCCACGUGGUGCGUGUGUGGCGGCGCGGCCGCAGCGCUGGCCUCGUCGUCGACGGCCGGUUCAACGUCACCGGGAACGCGCCCGCCGGCCGCUCCAAUAUGACACUCCUGCCUUACAUCUAUAUUGGCGGUCACCCAUCCAAGGAUUUCCGCGAUCUGCCCCAUGAUAUCCCGCUGCACAGCGGCUGGCGCGGCUGCGUGUGGGAGGUAGCGGGGCAAGCGGUAGGCGCGGGUGCCGUGGGGGGGCGAGGCGUAGGACAGUGUGGGGUCGCGCAGUGCACUGCCAAAUGUAUAUGUAACGAAGGUUGGUUCGGUGCGACGUGUGCCGCUGUGCACAGUCCUUGCGACAGUUCACGAUCGCAGUGUAAAGGAGCGUGCGUCAUAACCAUUGAUGACGCACAGUGUGAUUGUCCUUAUGGCAGAACUGGAAUCAAUUGUGAUCAAGAUUUAGUUCCAAUAGAUAUGCUAUUUACCGGUACAAGAUCUUACUUAACACUCCACCCGCGGUCUAUAUCGAGCGUCAGUUUAUCCCUGGAAGCAGAAAUCAAACCCAUGAAGGAGCGAGGACUUGUGAUUUUUGUAAAGACUCCACAUUUCUAUACGGCUCUUUCGCUCCAAGGCGGCUUAUUGGAGUAUCGAUGGACAGAUCAUCUCUCCGGUCUGACGUCACUAGUUCGAUCAGGGGUGGUAGUGUCAAUGUCGCAAUGGCACAACGUGAAGGCUGGUCGUUAUGGUAAUAGGCUGUAUGUGUGGGUCGACGGAGCACUGAGCACUGAACCGAUGUUAGCUCAUGCCUAUCCUCACACGGCCAGCGAUGCAUCUAUUGUUAUAGGUGGAGCAAAAGACUUGUCGACUCUUCCUUUCGAUGUGAUGUCUGGACCACCAGAAUCAUACAGCGGAUGUCUUAGAAAUUUUCAAGUUAACAAUAUAUUGCUGCCACUUGAAAAACAGAAUAUUCAAGAUAUAAACGUGACCAUCCCGCAAUUCGACGGAGAAGCCCUAUUGUCGGUAUCGCGUGCGCCGUCCGCACGUUCCGGACAACGCCUCAGCUCGGCCGCUUCGACACCUUCCCGCGUUUCACUCAAUUUCACCACCGCUGAACCUAACGGUCUUCUCCUAUGGAUUAAUAUGGGAAACGAUUAUUUAGGUUUAGGUCUAGAAAACGGAUACAUUAAGCUGACGUGGUCUUUAAAUUGUAAUAACUCAUCUAAACAGCAAAAUACUAGAGACUACUUAGCCAUACCACCUAAACUAAUAUCUAGUCUAGUGCAAGCAGGAUUCAUGGCAAACGGGGAAUGGCAUACAAUAGUGUUGAUAUUUAAAAAACAUAUAACCGUUACUGUUGAUCAAAAGUCCUACAUAGAAGAACAGUGUUAUAACGAUUUGGACAAUGAAGAUACUGAUUUGUAUAUAGGCGGAAUUGUUAAUGAAGAUAUCGAAGCAAAAAAAAUGUUUCCCUUCAACUUCAGAGGCUGCAUUGACAAAAUCUCUACAAAAGAAGGCACUAUUUUGACCAACUACACCGAAGUUUACACUGAAAACAUCCAAUCAUGUCAAUUAUUCCCGACGGCUUAGGAUGUGAGAUUCAAAAAGAUUCUUGUACGGAAACAAAAUAAUUUUCAUUAUUGUUACAAAUCAUUUCUGCAUAACACUGCCGUAGGGCUGUCAUCAGGGGGAUGAUGAUUUUAUCCCUUUGAUAUGAUUAAUACUUAGCAUUACAAUUUAUGAAAUUAUUUUAUUAG